UGAUUGCACUAAGCAUCGGCUAGUAAAGUUUGAGGACGAAUUCAGCGCGCAUCAUUAAGUUAAUUAGUUGGUACAAGUUGAACAUUCAAAAUUCAAUCUGUGCUUAUGAAUCAGUUUUAGUCUAGAUGCAAUGGUAGAGACGUAGGCCUAAAUAAGGAGCGUGCCAUUCUAAGUAAAAUCGGAAAGAAAGAAAGCUAGUUAGUGACGUUAUGAAAGAUAGGGAAAAACAUGUGAUUAUAAUGAAUUCUUUCAAAUUUUAUGUUGGAUUGGACACUGCUUUACACGGAUAUCAUAAACAGGAAUAAAAUCAAAGAAUAACAAAAAAUGAGUCACCAAAUCUGUGGCAAGGUUCAUAAUUUUGGCAUCUAUCGCAAGGGAGGUAAACGGUGUAUUUUACAGCUUGAUUUUCCCGGUCGUAUGCUGCUCGUCAUCCAGAAAGGACAUAUAAAGAAAAGUCACAACUUUCACACAUUGGAACAUUAUGAUUCUGAAGAAGGUUUACAUGUCUCCUUGAAGUUCAAAGAUUCAGAGUUUGAAUUUGAAACAGAUAACAGUGAGGAGAAAUAUACUAUCUGCCGACUUUUGGGUUAUGUCUUACAACUGGGACAUGGAGAGGAUGAUGAAAGUAUUGAUUCUGGCCAAGGUUUUUCCUCCAUCAUUGACCAGCCAAUAGAAAGGGCAGAAGUCAUCAAAGAAGGGUUGCUGGAGAAAAAAGGAAACACUGCCAUCACAUUAUGGAACAAGCGCCGGGUAAAACUUACACCAGGAGAAUUUUCCUACUACAAACCUGGAGAAGAGCUAGCAUUAAACAUUGUCCAAUUGUGGCAGGACCACACCAAAUUAAAGAAACAUGGACAAAAUGGAUUCAGUGUGACUGUGAGGGAUAGAGUUUACCACUUUAGGGUGUUGAGUGAAUACAAAGUUUUGCAUAUGACAGAGAUUGUCAGGAAUGAGUGGUUUGUAGCCUUUGAAAAGGCACUUAAUCACAUUCCUGCUUCAUCCAAAUUGUUUGACAUACAGCACAAUGUCACAUUGAAUGAACAAGUUGAGGACAGUGAUGAACAUAUCUAUGAUGUGACACCUGACAUAUCACCUCAUCUUAUAGCAUCAAGCAGACAGUCAACCAAAGAGGUUCUUGAUGAAAAGAUCUAUGCUGACAAAGCACUUCCAUUACCUCCUAAAAGAAGUUUGCACCAAAGUUUGGACAACCUUUUGUUCCACCAUAAAGAUAACAAAGGCUCUUCCAGCCACCACAACUCACCUUCAUCUGUUCACUCUGACAUUUCAACUCAGUCAUCUUCCUCCGAAGAUCACAUUGAGGUGGACAAGCUCUUCCCAGGCUCAGCAGCAGAACUUAGAGCCAAACUGGCAAGGAAAGGGGGGAAGUCAUCCUCUUUAAAAGCCUACAGAGCACAACAAGACUUUUACAGAUUACAGCUUGAGGAAAAUACUCUGAGCUCAACCAAGCUGAAAGCCUUUCAUAUUAGUUCCAAUGAAAAUGAUGUGAUGAGACAUGUUGGGCCCAGUCCUCUCAGUGUUUCCUGUGAUAACUUAUCCACGCCUAGCAGCAGUAAAACUAGAAUCCCAAAUCUGCCACCUCCACCACCUCCUCCAUUACAUCAGGGUGGAACUAUUCCUCUACCUCCACUGGGAGGGCCACCACCCCCUCCACCAUUAAUGAAAGAUAGAAUGUCCAUGAAACAACUGCACAGUCCACAUGUAAAGUUGAAACAAGUUCAUUGGGUCAAAGUCAACAGUAAUCAGAUAUCUGAUUCAAUAUGGAAGGAAGCUCAUGACUUGACACAGAAACUUGACCUUUCUCUGUUGGAAGAACAAUUUGCUAUACAAGAGAAAAAGCCAGUUACUGUUAAAACAAAGCCUAAAGAAGAAAAAGUUAUGCUUGUAGAUGCCAAACGAGCUCAGAAUCUUGGCAUAUUGUUCUGUGGUCUAAAACUGGACAACUUGACUAAGCUUACUGAGGCUCUUCAUUCUAUCACUGAAGUGGACACUUUCCCAUCAGACAAGAUCGCAACAUUAAAAAGAUAUCAGCCAAAUACAGAAGAUAAAGAAAUGUACAAGCUGUACCUCAACAAAAGUGAAAACCUUCACCCAGCCGACAGAUUCAUGUUGGAGUUAUGUGAAAUUCCGCAACUCAGUAUUCGACUUGACCUCUUACUUAUAUUGUGGGAAUUCCCGAAUCAAUUUAAGAGCCUAGAAGAGGAGGUGAAUGACUUAUUAAUGUCUUGUGAGGAAAUUUUGUCUUGUUCAUCAUUAGUCAUAGCAUUGGAAUAUCUCUUAGCCAUUGGAAACUAUAUGAACUCCAUGUGGAACACCAAGCAACUGGCUCAAGGCUUUCAAUUGUCAUCAAUAGAAAAAAUCCUCAGUGUGAAAAGUCAGGACAACAAGAGUACCUUGUGCAAUUACUUAGUGAAGCAGCUGAAAGUGAAUGAUCCAGAAGUUCUUGACUGGCCUAAACUUUUACCCCAUGUUCCUAAGUGUACUGAAUACUCCAUGAAAGCAGUAGGCGCUGAGAUUGAUGUGAUGAAAAAUGAUCUUCAGAAAAUCAAGAAAACAUUAAAAAUACUAAGGAACAACAACUCUGAAAAUAAAAAUGACAAGAAGUUUAUAGCUGAUGUUCAGACAUUCAUAGCUGAGCAUGACAGAAAUAUGGAACACCUUGAGGCCAGAUACCACAAAGUCACAGAGAAAUAUAAACAGAUUUUGAUAAAGUUUGGUGAGUCACCCAAAACUCAAGAAUCAAUGUUUACUUUCAUCAGCCACUUCAUGGACAAAUUUCAGCAAGCUUUAUAACAGUGGAUUUGAACGUACUCAUUUCAUGUAAAUAUAUAUAUCACCACAAAGAAACUUGAUGAUAUAAGGUAAAGGUAACUGUUUCUGACCUAAAGCGCAUCUGUUUUAAUGGCUGACUGUUAAAGAGGGUCAACACAAUGACAAGGACCAGCCGCUUCCCCAACAUAUGUCAAGGACCCAUUAGAGAUGGCUGCAUUCCAGAAAUCCUCAAGUUAAAACCCAAGUCUUCAUUGUUAAAACUUCAGAAGACGGGUGCUUUGGCUCAGCCACCAAUUAAUUUUAUAAAAGUGUUUAAUUGUAGCUCUUUCAAAUAAAUUUGUAAUUGUAUGUAUAUGUAGAGAGAGACAAUGUGAAUCUGUGUACACAUGCAUGUAUAUUAUUUCUAGUUAAUACACAAUGUUCUUUUUUUUUUACUUCUGGCAUUAGAUGCCAAUGACUUCAUUUGUUGUACAGGUAUAACUUUUUUUUUUCACCUAUUUUCUUAUGUUUUUCUAAAUGUAUUUUUCUUUUAUUUAAAAUGUUUAUACAGUUGUAUUUGAUUUUUGUUUCUUGCAAGUGUACAGGAUGAAAUCAAAUUAUUUCAACUACUUUUCACAAACAAAUCUAAGACUACAAAGGUUCAUCAUAUUUUUUUUUAAACAUACACAAAUUUAUAGCUGUCAUUGUUUAAGGAUAAGUGGGCUGAAUCAAACAAAUAUCUUUGUGGAAGUCUUUGAAAAUGUGUCCCAGACUAGGGCCAAAGUCCUACCUGUUAAAAAAUUUUCUUAUUGAUGUAAUUAUUAU